AUGCUUUCGUUCCCCCCCACCGACUACGGCGUCCAGCUGAGCCUGCCGGCCGCCCUGGACGCGGCGGCGCGCGGCCAGAUCCUGGGGCUGCUGUUCGACGAGUUCGGCGCGCGCGCGGUUAGCGUGCAGGAGCAGAGCGUGCUGGCGCUGGCGGCGUACAACGCCACCAGCGGGGUGGUCGUCGACAUCGGCGACAGGAUGGACGUGGUGCCGAUCGUCAACGGUGCGGUGCGGCGCGUGCCGCUGGUCAGCGAGGUCGAGACACUGCUGCUACGCCACCUGCUGCAGCGGCUCUGCUUCGUCUCGGAGCGCUACGAGGAGGACCUGCGCCGCUGGCGCGCCGACCCGGCCAGUCUGGAGCGCGCCGUGCCGGUGCACGAGCUGCUCGGCGACAGCGCCCCCUGGCGACAAAUCGGACUCGACUGCGGGCGGUUUCAAGUCCCGGAAGGGUUAUUUAAUCCGGAGAUCUGGGGACUCGACCACAAAGGACUCCACAAACUAGUCCAGAAAGCGGUGCAGGCGUGCAGCGUGGACAGUCGUCGUCAGCUGAUGCGGUCGGUGUACCUGGCCGGCGGGGCGACGCUGCUGCCGGCCUGGCCUGAGCGGCUGCAAGCCGAGCUGGACGCCCUCAGUCCGCCCUCCGUCACGCCCAGGGUGCACGCCUCGCCAUACCGGCAGCACGCGGCUUACCUGGGCGCCUGCGUGCUGGCCGGGGGUCAAGUGCGCGGCUGA